CGGAGCGGACGAUCGGGCUCACGAAGCGUCGGGGCGGGAGGGUGAGAACCGCCCGCUUCCAAGAUGGCGGCGGGAGCCUGGAAGGUGAAGCAGGACAUGCCGCCGCCGGGCGGUUAUGGAUCCAUCGACUAUAAGAGGCGGUUGCCCUAUCGGGGGCUCCCGGGUUAUGGCCUGCUUGCCAUUGGAAUUGGAACCUUUGUUUUCGGGACUUACGCUAUUUACAGGUGGAACUGGGAGAGGAGGCUGCUGGCCUUUGAGGACGCGGAAGCCAGGAUAGCAAUCAUGCCUCUCUUGAUGGCCGAGGAUGACCGCAAGACGCUGCGCCUCAUGCGUCAAAACUUGGAUGAGGAAGCCAAGAUCAUGAAAGAUGUCCCCGGCUGGCAGGUUGGUCAGAGUGUCUACCAUACCACACGCUGGGUGUCCCCCAGAUCCGAUGAGCUGUACUUCCUCCAGCCACCAGAAGUUCAGCGAGAUAUCUUCUUCGGUUACACCUGGAGCACAUAAGCAGACAAGGGUUGUGGAAGGAACCACCUCUCUUGCUUUUCCAGGACAGAACUUAUGUUUCUUAAUAAACGAAUGCUCUCGGGAGCAUCGAUCCAUUGC